UCUUGCUCGGCUCCGUAAUGAGGAAGUUCUCUGCAGCUGGUUUCCUUUCCCCCGCUGAGCCCGAAGCAGGAAGUCCGUCAGUGAGCUGGUGGCAGCAGCCGGGGCAACAGACAGGAGACAGACAGCAGUGGCAGUGCAGGGGCCUCAGCUCCCCUCGGUGGCGUGUGGUCCUGGGGGUGGCUGCCGGUCGGGCCCGGGGAAGCCCACGCUCACCAUGGUCCCCUGCUGGAACCAUGGCAACAUCACCCGCUCCAAGGCCGAGGAGCUGCUCUCCAGGACGGGCAAGGACGGGAGCUUCCUCGUGCGUGCCAGCGAGUCCAUCUCUCGGGCCUACGCGCUCUGCGUGCUGUAUCGGAAUUGCGUUUACACUUACAGGAUUCUGCCCAACGAAGAUGAUAAGUUCACCGUUCAGGCAUCGGAAGGUGUCCCCAUGAGGUUCUUCACCAAGCUGGACCAGCUCAUCGAGUUCUACAAGAAGGAAAACAUGGGUCUGGUGACCCACCUGCAGUACCCCGUGCCGCUGGAGGAGGAAGAGGCAGGCGACGAGCCGGAGGAGGAGACAGAAGGUGUCCCGUCUCCGCCUGAGCUGCCACCGAGAAACAUCCUUUUAUCUGCUGGGCCAUGUGAAGCCAAGGAGGCCCCUCUCUUGAGUGAGAAUCCAAGAGCCACCGAGUUCAGCCGGCCCAGCCUCUCUGAGACGUUGUUCCAGCGACUCCAGAGCAUGGACACCAGCGGGCUUCCUGAAGAGCAUCUUAAAGCCAUUCAAGAUUAUUUAAGCACUCAGCUCACCCUGGACUCGGAUUUUAUGAAGACGGGCUGCACCAGUCUCCCUCAUCUGAAGAAACUGACCGUUUUCCUCUGCAAGGAGCUCUAUGGAGAAGUCAUCCGGACCCUCCCCUCCCUGGAGUCUCUGCAGAGGCUGUUUGACCAGCAGCUCUCCCCCGGCCUCCGUCCGCGGCCUCAGGUGCCUGGUGAGGCCAAUCCGAUCAACAUGGUAACCAAGCUCAGCCAACUGACAAGUCUGCUGUCCUCUAUUGAAGAUAAGGUCAAGGCCUUGCUGCAUGAGGGCCCCGAGUCUCCCCACCGGCGUUCCCUCAUCCCUCCGGUCACCUUCGAGGUGAAGGCAGAGUCCCUGGGGAUCCCUCAGAAAUUACAGCUCAAAGUUGACGUUGAGUCUGGGAAACUGAUCAUUAAGAAGACCAAGGACAGUUCUGAGGACAAAUUCUACAGCCACAACAAAAUCCUACAGCUCAUCAAGUCUCAGAAGUUUCUGAACAAGCUGGUGAUUUUGGUGGAAACAGAGAAGGAGAAGACCCUGAGAAAGGAAUAUGUUUUUGCUGACUCCAAAAAGAGAGAAGGCUUCUGCCAGCUCCUGCAGCAGAUGAAAAACAAGCACUCAGAGCAGCCGGAGCCGGACAUGAUCACCAUCUUCAUCGGCACCUGGAACAUGGGUAACGCCCCCCCUCCCAAGAAGAUCACGUCCUGGUUUCUCUCCAAGGGGCAGGGAAAGACACGGGACGACUCUGCUGAUUACAUCCCCCACGAUAUCUACGUGAUCGGCACCCAGGAGGACCCCCUGGGAGAGAAGGAGUGGCUGGAGAUACUCAAAAACUCCCUGCAGGAAAUCACCAGCAUGACUUUUAAAACAAUCACCAUCCACACCCUCUGGAACAUUCGCAUCGUGGUGCUGGCCAAGCCGGAGCACGAGAACCGGAUAAGCCACAUCUGUACCGACAACGUGAAGACGGGCAUCGCCAACACGCUGGGGAACAAGGGAGCCGUAGGGGUGUCAUUUAUGUUCAACGGAACCUCCCUGGGGUUUGUCAACAGCCACUUGACUUCUGGAAGCGAAAAGAAACUCAGGCGAAACCAAAACUAUAUGAACAUUCUCCGGUUUCUGGCUCUGGGAGACAAGAAACUAAGUCCCUUUAACAUCACUCACCGCUUCACUCACCUCUUCUGGCUCGGGGAUCUCAACUACCGCGUGGAGCUGCCCACCUGGGAGGCCGAAACCAUUAUCCAGAAGAUCAAGCAGCAGCAGUACGCGGACCUCCUGUCCCACGACCAGCUGCUUAUGGAGCGGAAGGACCAGAAGGUUUUCCUGCACUUUGAGGAAGAAGAAAUCACAUUCGCGCCCACCUACCGUUUUGAAAGACUGACUCGGGACAAGUACGCCUACACUAAGCAGAAAGCCACGGGGAUGAAGUACAACUUGCCCUCCUGGUGUGACCGAGUCCUCUGGAAGUCUUACCCUCUGGUGCACGUGGUGUGUCAGUCCUAUGGCAGCACCAGCGACAUCAUGACAAGUGACCACAGCCCUGUUUUUGCCACAUUUGAGGCAGGAGUCACCUCCCAGUUUGUCUCCAAGAACGGACCCGGGACCGUGGACAGCCAAGGGCAGAUCGAGUUUCUCAGUUGCUACGCCACCCUGAAGACCAAGUCCCAGACCAAAUUCUACCUGGAGUUCCACUCAAGCUGCUUGGAGAGUUUCGUCAAGAGUCAGGAAGGAGAAAACGAAGAAGGAAGCGAAGGGGAGCUGGUGGUGAAGUUUGGCGAGACCCUUCCGAAGCUGAAGCCCAUUAUCUCUGACCCCGAGUACCUGCUGGACCAGCACAUCCUCAUUAGUGUGAAGUCCUCCGACAGCGACGAAUCCUACGGUGAGGGCUGCAUUGCUCUGCGGUUAGAGGCCACGGAAACUCAGCUCCCCAUCUACACGCCUCUCACCCACCAUGGAGAGAUGACGGGUCACUUCCGGGGUGAGAUCAAGCUGCAGACCUCCCAGGGCAAGAAGAGGGAGAAGCUCUACGACUUUGUGAAGACCGAGCGUGACGAGUCCAGUGGGCCCAAGUCCCUGAAGACCCUCACCAGCCACGACCCCGCGAAGCAGUGGGAACCUGCCAACAGGGUCCCUCUCUGCAGUGGCUCCAGCAUCACUGAAAUCAUCAACCCCAGCUACAUGGGGGUGGGGCCCUUCACGCACAUGAAACAGGCCCUGUCCCCUGAGCAGCAGCCCACAGCCUGGAGCUAUGACCAGCCAUUCAAGGACCCCUCCCUGGGACCUGGAAGGGGGGAGAGCCCUCCAACACCACCCUCCCAACCACCCAUAUCACCCAAGAAGUUUUCACCCGCGACAACAAGCCGGAGCCCCUGCCCCAGGACGCAGGAGUCAAGGCCCAGCGACGUGGGGAAGAACACAGUGGAACCUCUGCCUCAGGAGGACCCGAAGCUGGCCAAGCCCGAGAUGUUUGAGAACCCGCUGUACGGGUCUGUGAGUUCCUUCCCUAAGCUGGUUCCCAGGAAAGAGCAGGAAUCUCCCAAAAUGCUGAGGAAGGAGCCCCCACCCUGCCCGGACCCCGGAACCAUGUCGCCCAGCAUCAUGCUCUCCAAAUCCCAGGAGGCCGAGGGCAGCAAGGCGACAGGCAAGCUGGUGCCUCCGCCCACGCCCUUCCUCAGCCCCACGCCCCGGCUCCGCUCCUACACCUGCUCACCUGCCCCGGAGAGCCGGCCGGCCGCAGGGGACAAGGGCCAGGGGAAGCCCAAGGCCCCUGCCAGCUCCCAAGCCCCAGUGCCAGCCAAGAGGCCCAUCAAGCCUUCCAGGUCGGAGCUGAGCCAGCAGGCGCCGCCCACCCCCGCGCAGCGGCCGCCCCUCCCGGUCAAGAGCCCUGCGGUCCUGCACCUGCAGCACUCCAAGGGCCGCGACUACCGCGAGAACGCCGAGCUCCCGCACCACGGCAAGCACCGGCCCGAGGACUCGCCGCUGGGCAGGGCAGCCCUGCAGUGAAGCCCCUGGUGAGCUGCCAGCGAGACAGGAGCCCAGAAGAGCAGCGCAAAGCCACUCGGACCCCUGCUGGGACUUCCUGUGGGCUCCUCCUACCCAGCUUCCUAGGCAGGACUUUGGACUUUUCAGGAGAGACCCAGCUUGUGUGGUCAGCAGCGGAUGCUGGCUGCGAGACUCGGCCCCGAGGCUGAGGUGCGAAGAGAGAGCUUACCUGAAUGGCAGCGAACGACUUCCGCACCUGGGCUCCCAGCUUGUUCUCGGUACCUGGCACCCAAGGGCCUUGUUCCAGUUGCCAUUUUGAAGAAAGGAACUGAAAUGCCAAUUUGCAGGUGGAGAUAGAAAUAAUAAUAAUAUUAAUAAUAAUAAUGGCUGCAUGUAUCGAGCACUCACCACGUGCCAGGUACCUGCUAAGUACUUAUCCAAUAUUUUGAGUUGAGUCUUCUGCCAAUCAAAAGCACAUUCCCAGACCCCUCAGUUCAAAACCGUAUGUCCUGAGUGGUUUGGACAAAGCAUUAAAAAUUAAGGCCAGUGCCCUCCUGCAGUGAGACGGGACUUGGCCUUAAGAGAGCUGAGGAGUGAGUGUUGAUUUAGGCUACAAGGGACCUGGCCUUGUCCAGCUUCGGUGAUGCAGACUGCUUUUGCUAAAGCCCCGGGCUUCGGGCAGAGCUGCACGGAGAGCAGGGCCCUGUGCGAGUCCUCUCAGUUCUUUAGUCUGAAGGAGAAGGAAAAUCCACUCCUCCUCUCCAGUGGGGAGAGCUGGCUUCAGCCGGUCCCCCAUGCCCGCUUUGAGCUGGGAAGCCACCACUGGGCCAUGGGUUGAGCCAAGCCCCGCAAGGCUUAUCUCGUGCUAAUAGGAGAGUCAGCUGUGGCUCCUGAAAGCCGAGCUCCCCUGCCUGGCUGCCCGAGACUGGUUCCCAGCUCUCAAAACAGUGCAGCCUUUUCCUUUCGAACCCCAUGGCUUGUGGCCCUGCUUCCUUGGUUACUAGAAGACUAGAUUGUCGAUGUCUUUUCUCGUGUUGCUUUUUACGUAGCAGAACUGAUGUAGGAAAACAAAUCCAGAAGUGAGCGUCAGUGCAGGAGAAUGGGUACACAGCCCACAUCCCCUUGUGUCAGACUGUGUGACCAAUAAA